AUGUCCAUCACUUUUAGGUUUAUGAACAACCGUGUUCCUCCUAACAAGAGAUACCAGCCCACUGAAUACGAGCAUGCUGCCAACUGUGCCACGCAUGCGAUGUGGAUAAUCCCCAGCCUGCUGGGCAGCCUGGUGUUACACUACCAAUCAGAGGAUCGAUGGGAGCGCCUGUCAGCCUGGGUGUACGGGGCGGGGCUCAGCUCACUCUUCAUCAUCUCCACCCUCUUCCACACUGUGGCCUGGAAGAAGAGUCACCUGCGGUCUGUGGAGCAGUGUUUCCACAUGUGUGACAGGAUGGUGAUCUACUUCUUCAUUGCCGCCUCCUACGCCCCUUGGCUAAACCUUCGGGAGCUGGGCCCGUGGGCGAGUCACAUGCGCUGGUUGGUGUGGGUGAUGGCGUCUUUUGGAACCACCUACGUCUUCUUCUUCCACGAGAGGUAUAAGCUCAUGGAGUUGAUCUGCUACACGGUGAUGGGAGUUUUUCCAGCUCUGGUCAUCUUCUCCAUGCCAGAGCAGUCGGGGUUGUGUGAGCUGCUGGUCGGUGGCACCUGCUACUGUCUCGGCAUGGUCUUCUUUAAAAGCGAUGGCAUCGUCCCGUUCGCUCAUGCCAUUUGGCACCUGUUUGUCGCCAUGGGAGCAGCCGUUCAUUACUACGCCAUCUGGAAGUACCUCUACGCCCAGAUGCCCAAUAAGGUCCAGACCUCCAGAUGA